CGCAGUUCCAGGAACCCGAGGGCGGGCUCUGCGCCCGCUAUAAGAGGCCUCCCCGGGCGGCCCCGGCAGCUCCGCCGCCGCCUGCUGCCGCACACGGGCCCCGCCGCCACCGCCGAGACCGGCCCCGGCACCCGAGCCCCAGGUGAUGGUGUAGCAGCGGCUGCUCCCGCCAGCAGCACCCCGAGCACGCAAAGCUGGCUCCCUGCGCCAUGGUCACCCACAGCAAGUUCCCCGCCGCCGGGAUGAGCCGCCCCCUCGACACCAGCCUGCGCCUCAAGACAUUCAGCUCCAAGAGCGAGUACCAGCUGGUGGUGAACGCCGUUCGCAAGCUGCAGGAGAGUGGCUUCUACUGGAGCACGGUGACGGGAGGCGAGGCCAACCUGCUGCUGAGCACUGAGCCUGCCGGCACCUUCCUCAUCAGGGACAGCUCGGACCAGAGGCACUUCUUCACCCUCAGCGUCAAGACAGAGUCGGGCACCAAGAACCUGCGCAUCCAGUGCGAGGGCGGCAGUUUCUCCUUGCAGAGCGACCCCCGCAGCAGCCAGCCCAUGCCCCGCUUCGACUGCGUGCUCAAGCUGGUGCAUCACUACAUGCCGCCCGUGCCCGAGCAGCCAGGGGGGGCCCUGCACCCCAAGCGCACCUAUUACAUCUACUCAGGCGGCGAGAAGAUCCCUCUGGUGCUGAGCCGCCCGCUCUCCUCCAGCGUCUCCACCCUCCAGCACCUCUGCCGCAAGACUGUCAACGGGCACCUGGACUCCUACGAGAAGAUGACUCAGCUGCCGGCUCCCAUCAAGGAGUUCCUGGACCAGUACGAUGCCCCUCUCUAAGGGGCCGGUGGAGCGAGGUCACACGCUACAAGCACAAGAGCGAAGGACAGGCACAACGCCUCAUGGGACACGGCGAGCCUCUCCCUCUGGGGAGGAAAGGAGGGACUGGGGUGAGCCUUGGUGCUGGGGGACACACACGCACCCCCCCCCGAGGAAGUGCGACACCCCCUCUCUCUCCGUGGGGAAGGAGAUGGCUCCGGUCAGAGUGUGGAUGUUACAGUGCGCCCAGUGUGGAGGCUGACUCCGUCGGCAAAGCCCCCACGGACUUGGGCAGCCAGCACGGCACCUGCGGCAUGGAGGGACAGGCGCCCCAGCAGCCACGUCC